UUAUUUUUAAUCCUGUCAUGGUAAGACAAACUAGGUGAAUAAAGCCCUCUUUUCUGUGUUGUAACAAAUCCAUCCAAGCAGACCCGGGGCAGAGGCAGGCCCUGUAGAGCAAUCGCGCGGGACGCCAGGAGAAGUGGUGACCUCUCUCCUGGCUUACCUGCUGCUGCUCGAGGGAGGCAUGUUCUCUCCAUCCCCACCACCCUCCGGGCUGUUGGAGAGGGUCUUCCAGUUCAUUGAUCUCCACCAGAAUGAGUUUGUACAGAUACUUAAGGAGUGGGUGGCCGUAGAGAGUGACUCCGUUCAGCCCGUGCCCCACCUCAGGCAAGAGCUCUUCCGAAUGAUGGCCCUGGCUGCAGACAAGCUUCGGUGCCUGGGUGCCAGCGUGGACUCCGUGGACACGGGCUUUCAGCAGCUGCCUGAUGGUCAGACUCUCCCGAUACCCCCCAUCAUCCUGGCCGAACUGGGAAAUGAUCCAAAAAAGCCCACCGUGUGCUUCUAUGGCCACUUGGACGUGCAGCCUGCUAGACAGGAAGAUGGCUGGCUCACAGACCCUUACAUGCUGACGGAAGUGGAUGGAAAACUUUAUGGUCGUGGAGCAACAGACAACAAGGGCCCCGUUUUAGCGUGGAUUAAUGCUGUGAGCGCCUUCAGAGCCCUGGAAGAAGAUCUCCCCGUGAAUAUCAAAUUCAUCAUCGAAGGCAUGGAAGAAGCCGGUUCUGUUGCCCUGGAGGAACUGGUCAGAAAAGAAAAGGACCGGUUCUUUUCCAGUGUAGACUACAUCGUAAUUUCAGAUAACCUGUGGAUCAACCAGGGGAAGCCGGCCCUUACCUACGGCACGAGAGGGAACAGCUACUUCAGGGUGGAGGUGAAAUGCCGAGAUCAAGAUUUUCAUUCAGGAACCUUCGGUGGCAUCCUCCAUGAGCCAAUGGCUGAUUUGGUUGCACUUCUUGGCAGCCUGGUGGACUCAUCUGGUCAUAUUCUGAUCCCUGGAAUCUAUGACCAAGUGGCUCCUCUUACGGAAGAAGAGAGAAAAAUGUACAAAGCCAUUGAUCUGGACCUGGAGGAAUACCGGCAUAGCAGCCACGUUAAGAGAUUUCUGUUUGACACCAAGGAGGAAAUUCUAAUGCACCUAUGGAGGUACCCAUCGCUGUCAAUCCACGGGAUUGAGGGUGCAUUUGAUGAGCCUGGAGCUAAAACCGUCAUCCCUGGCCGAGUUAUCGGAAAAUUUUCAAUCCGUCUGGUCCCUCACAUGAAUACGUCUGUGGUGGAAAAACAGGUGAGGCAGCAUCUUGAACAUAUAUUCUCCAAAAGAAAUAGUUCCAACCAGAUGACUGUUUCUAUGACACUGGGACUACAGCCGUGGAUGGCAAAUAUUAAAGAUAAUCAGUAUCUUGCGGCCAAAAGAGCCAUCAAAACAGUAUUUGGAACAGAGCCAGACAUGACCCGGGAUGGCUCAACCAUACCGAUUGCCAGAAUAUUCCAGGAUAUCAUCCAAAAGAGUGUGAUGAUGCUCCCGCUGGGUGCUGUUGAUGAUGGGGAACACUCUCAGAAUGAGAAAAUCAACAGGUGGAACUACAUAGAAGGAUCCAAGUUAUUUGCUGCCUUUUUCCUAGAGAUGGCUAAGCUUCAUUUGUAAUGACAGGAACCUUCCAGCUUAGAGCUGACCUACUGACAGAUACCCUCUCCUGCAGCCCUGCAUAGGAGUAGAAUCUAAAUAUCCAGAGAAUUUCCAUCCAGGAAAUAAUGUCUUCCCUCCCAUUUAAAAUAUCUUCUGACAUUUGGGCCAGUAAUAAAACCUUUUAAAGGCACAGAUAUUGGAAAUGGUGUACCGUCCCAGUGGCACACCUUUCUGAAGUCACAGCUACCUGCAACAUCUCCCUAAGUCCAGCUGUAGGAGCCCCGGGAGGAGACUCACUCUUUCCUUGGAGCACAAGGACUGUUCUUCCACUAGACUCUCCCUGGCACUUUGAUGGGCCUGAUCACUCCAGUGUGCUUUUAGGUUCUGGCGGUGCUCAUGACAUACUCAUUCCAUGUUUCUAUCACCCUUUCCUUUACCACACAUUCCUUUUGUUAGUAAAACUGUUGGUCCCACCACUGGCUACCAUGAUUUCCCUGUGGGUUCAUUUCUAGAGGAGUAACCAAAGUGUGAUGCCCUCUUAACCUUUUGCUUCUCCUUCGUUUAUUUUGCCUUGCUUCUUGGAAAGUUCCGAAACAGGAAUGGUCAGUAGUUGUAUCCUUACGCCAUCUGGGAUUCCCUUUGUGAAGAUGAGUACUUUUUCUAUUUCAAGGCUCUUUACCUUUUCUAGGAUUCAUGCCAACCAACCACCUCUCCUGCACCCUCUUCUUUCUUCCUACCCCAUCCCCCCAGACAUCCGUGCACACGUAAAGUCACCACAGGAGAAUCAAUCCCGAUAGAAUUUCCCUCCCCCCGCUGGAAUUUUACUCAGUGACUACAUCUAAAUUGCUCAAAGCUUUUAAUAGCAUUGGUUUUAGAUAGAGAAUGAAUCUAAUCAGCCCUGACAUCAGUAACACAUUCUAAAUUUAAAGCCAUCAGCUAAUGCUGCAUUUAGUAAUCAUUUUAGUUAACCGUCUUGUUUGCCUUGAUUGCAUUUGAUGGUGUAAACAAACAAACAAAAAGAAUGUAAUUUUUCUACAGUUGAGUGUAUAUAAACAAAUCAAUUCAAUCUUUAUAAAUUCAUUACUUAAAUGACAUUAAUGGAAAAGAAUUUAAGAGUUUAUUAAGAAUGUUUCUCCUAGGAUUCCAAAUAAAAUCAAAGCAUAAUACA